AUGACAACAAGACAUACCCCUCUUAAGACUGCUAAUAAUCCAAGGUAUCAAAAAUGUGUGUGUGAGCGGUGUUCAAGGUCUGUCGAUGGAUAUACGUUACAAUUACCUCGGGCUGCUAGAAUACAUAUGCACUAUUAUCCACCUAAACAAUCUAUAAAAAGAGUAUAUGCAUAUCACCACUAUAUUCCUCCUAAAGAUAAUGCCUAUUUUCACAACUUAGGUACAUUAUACAUGAUCAAUUGCAUAAAGAUAAUGCUGAUUCUCGGAACUGCGUGUUUAAAUUCUAUAGCAACUACCGUGAUCAACUUAAAUAUAGAGGUUGAUGGGCACAAUAAGGAUUCUUAUAUAAGCAAAAACUUUGGAUCCAGAGACUUUCCUAAUGACGACUGUGCUUCCAUAUACCGUAUUAAUAUUCAAUAUCCAAACCAUGAAUUACACUUAAAUCGAGAUUGUACCCUCGAUUCAGAAUUGAAACGUAGCUUAGAUCCUGAGCUUUACUAA